ACCUCGCUGGCUCCUUUCUCUGACACGGUUGAUUUUUGUCGCAUCGAUAAUUCUGCCUUGGUAUGCGUUUGUCCUUGCCUUCCUAUUGAGAACUUCCAUCAUCCUACGCCAUGCCGCUCAUGCUCGAUUCGCCUCCGCCCUCACCCUCUCUCCCCGACGCCUUGGAGUCGCGCCGCCGGGUUCACCAUGAAGCAGAUGUUGUCAUUAUUGGAGCCGGAAUCCUAGGAUGCGCUCUUGCCGUUGCUUUCUCCGAUCAGGGUCGCAGUGUCAUACUACUCGAGCGAUCUCUCAAACAACCUGAUCGCAUUGUCGGAGAACUCCUGCAGCCCGGCGGAGUCGCUGCGUUGGAAGAGCUGGGUCUGGCCGACUGUUUGGAGGACAUUGACUCUAUCAAAGUAUUCGGUUACGACGUCAUAUACCACGGCGACGAAGUCACCAUUCCGUAUCCCGAGAACGCGGGCUCUACCACCAACACCCAGAAUGAGAAAGAGAAGAAAUCAAGACCAGAAGGCCGUUCGUUCCACCAUGGUCGAUUCAUUCAAAAGCUUCGGGAGCGCGCCCUCAGAUGCGCCAAUGUCACGGUUGUCGAGACGACUGCUACCGAUCUGGUUCGCAGCGGAUACACCGGCCAGGUGUUGGGAGUCGAGUGCUCUACCAGAGAGCGCAAGGACUACUACUUUGCCCAGCUUACCGUUUGCGCCGAUGGAUACGCCAGCAAGUUCCGUAAAGAAGUCAACACACAUGCUCCCGUUGUCAAGUCCAAGUUUUGGGGUCUCGAACUGAUCGACGCCGACCUGCCGAUGCCGAACCAUGGCCAUGUCUUGAUCAGCGACAGUCCUCCUGUUCUCCUGUAUCAGAUUGGCACACACGAGACGCGUGCUCUCGUAGAUAUACCCGAGAACCUCCCAUCUGCCUCUGUCAGGAACGGGGGUGUCAAGAACCAUCUACGUAACGUUGUGCUACCCUCAUUGCCUGCACAAGUGCGGCCAUCGUUCGAGGCUGCUCUGGACCGUGGCGCUCUUCGCUCCAUGCCGAACUCAUUCUUGCCCGCAUCCAAAAACAGGCAUGCAGGCGUUGUAUUGCUCGGAGAUGCAAUGAACAUGCGUCAUCCUCUGACGGGAGGUGGCAUGACUGUGGCCUUCAACGAUGCCCUCUUGCUGUCGAAGCUUCUCUCUCCUGAACAGGUACCCCGUUUCGAAGACACCAAGGCUGUGUUGGCUCAGCUGGAUACAUUCCACUGGAGGAGAAAGAACUUGACCAGUGUCAUCAACAUUCUUGCGCAGGCGCUAUACUCCCUCUUUGCUGCCAAUGAUCCUCAACUCAGAGCGCUUCAGCAAGGAUGCUUCCGUUAUUUCCAGCGCGGCGGGCAGUGUAUCGAUGGACCUGUUGGAUUGUUGGCCGGCAUCAUUCGUCAGCCCCUAGUACUCUUCUACCACUUCUUCGCAGUCGCCUUCCUGUCCAUCUGGCUCUACGUCACCUCAGGCAAUGCCUUACUAAUGCCCUUCCGGGCGGUUGGCAGUAUCGGGGUUCUGUACAAAGCUUGUGUCGUGCUGUUCCCAUACAUCUUCAGCGAACUGAGGAGUUGAUAAGUAUCACAAGCGAUGGAUGAUUUGUUAUGGUUUACGCAUGGAUGGUAUAAUCGAACAAGCGAGGCGUUCUCAUGAGGCAUUCGAGGUGUCUGAUUUCUUGUCUAAAUAUAUUAAUCUAAUCAACAUUCUCUGUACCAG